UGUGGCUUUUCCAAAGUGUGAGCAACGUACUGUGUUUGUCACAAGUGGGCCACAUCCCUGCAAUUGGCUUGGCUGUAGUUAAUGCUUCAUACCAACCAGUUGUCAAAUUGUCAAGCACACAGUCUCCUUUCAAGCUACAAAAGAUUCUCCAAGCCAUAAAAUCUUUUAAAGAGACAGUAAAAUGCAGAGCAAGGAUUUCAAAACAAGAAUUUCAAGACUGCAUACACUUAGGAAUCAAAACUGCACUAGAAGAUUUUGAAAACUUCCUCAAUCAAUUGUAUUUUGUAGAUGUUUGCAGUAAACUUGGGAUGAGUGAAGAAUACCUUAUAGCGAAAUAUGAAAAGAGAAACCAACCUGUGAGAUUCAUGCUGUUGAUGCCUGGAGAAGGAUUUUUGUUGGUAAAAGAGUUGGUUUCUGCUGAAAUGGCUUUUCCAAUACCUAAUAUCCCGCCAAAUUUGAGUCCUUUCUCCACUUUCAAGAUGGAUUCAGAAGUGACAACUGCACUCUCGUGUUUGCCUUCAAUCUCUACAUACGAUCCAAGUGAAUUCUCAUCCAAGUUGUACAAGCAUUUAUUACGGAAAAUUGAGCAUCCAAAACCAAUGCAACUGAAACAAGAAUCAACCUGUACAGAUCCAUCCCAUAAGUCCAUUGUUGUGAGUUUGGAGGUGAAGAAAAAAACAAGAGUGAAGAAGAAGAUUACUGAGGGAAAUAGGCUCAGAAGAAGUUUACACUUGGCAGAUCCACUUCCAAAGUUGUCUGAGAGUGACCAACAAACCCUGGCCCAGUGCUUGUCUAGACAAAGAGAAAAGUUCAAGUCUUCAUUGCAUCAAAAUGUUAAAUGAUACCCAAACUAGGCCUACUGCAGUGCUAAAAUUAAGAGAACUAUUAUUAAUUAGGGAUCUAGUUUAAAAUGUAAUGAAUCACAAGUCUUAGGGUUCUUGCAAAGUUAUUUAAGUUAAACAAUUUAACUGAAUUUAACCUAUACUUUUUAUACCGAUUUAAAAUAUCACUUAAUUCAGAAUCUACUGUUACUAAAAUAUUAUUUUUUUUUAAAGUUAAUCAAAGAAUGUUUUUAUUUGAAAAUAGCCUACCUGACUUAAAUAGGGAUUAUGUUUUAUUCUGAAGUGUUUCACUUUAAGGCUAGAAACAAAUACUUAAGUCACUCUAAGUUAAUGUGGAAUAGUAUACAGGGUUAGUUAUAGAUUUUGUGUUUAA